UUUUAAGUAUGUUAUUUAUUUCUUUUACCUUUUCCCCAUAGUUUUAGCACAUAUGUCUACUUCAUCUAUUUAUAAAACAAGCACAUCUAAUUUUUAAAUCAAAAUUGCUAUGUUUCCUUUUGUUUUGGAUGUGUAUAACCAUUCACAGGUGUACAAUAUGUAAGUAAAAGCAAAGUUUGAUCCACAAAAGGCAGACGUUGGGUUCGCCCCACUGGAUACAAUCCAGUCCACCACCACUACGAGGAGAACACCUUAACCUUGAGAGACAGUAACCCUGCCCACCCUAGAAAUGUGGACACAACCUCCAGAGCCUGCAGCUGAGAGGACAGAACCAAACUCCUCAAGUUACUUCCUGACCUCCAUACAUAUGCUGCAGUGCAGAAAUACAAGCAUGCACAAUAAAUAAAUGUAAGCUUUUUAAAAAUCAAUUUUCGGGCCACUGAGAUAACUCUUCGAGUAAAACCACUUCCUACUAAAUCUGACCUCCUAGGUUCUAUUCCUGCAACCCACAUAAUGGAAGGACAGAACCAAUUCCUGAAAGCUUUCCUCUGACUUCACACGUACGUACACUGUGCUAUGAAAGUCUGUGUGUGCACGCAGACGCACGCGCACAUGCACUCACACUAAAUCAAAUAAAAAGCAUUUAAUUAACUUUUUUGGUUUGCUUGUUUUGCAAGACAUGGUUUCUCUGUGCAGCCCUGGAUGUCCCGGAACUCACCCUGUAGACUAGGCUAGCCUUGAACUUACAGAGAUCCACCUGCCUUUGCCUCCCAAAGUGCUGGGACUCAAGGUGUGCACCACCAUCAACGAACCUUAACUUUUAAAAAUAAGAAUGAACUUAAAACUGAAAAGAGAACUUGCCUCCUUAAAAUAAUAAAGCUCUCUAUUGAACAAUUGGAUAAGCCACUUAAACAAACACACACUGACAUCUAAAAUAAAACUGUCAGUCAAUGGCUAUUUUCCACAAUUCUGUCACACAAUAAUAAUCUGCCAAACAGCCAGGAUUAUUUAAUGUGAAAUAUUAAAAAAGGGACCAAUUACUUAUUCAAUCAAUAUGGUCCUUUUGAAAGUUAAGAGAUUCUGAGGACUAAAGAGUUAACUCAGUCAUCAGUGUUUGCCACAAAGCUCUGAGUUCUAACACCCACACCACAGAAAGAUGAGCAGUGUGGCCCACAUCUGUAUUCCUUGCACUAGGAAGGUGGAAGCAAGAGGAUUAGAAAUUCAAGGUUAACCUCAGCUACAAAAUUCAAAAACAGUUUGGGAUAUAUGUGAACCAGGAUGAAAUGGAAUGAAUGAAUGAAUGAAAAAAAAUCCAAGGAAAUACUGUCAAACUAAAAAUAGGAUAAUAAUCUGAGCAAAUACUAAAUAUAAACAUUAAUUGCAGUAAAAAUUAAGAACAGGGCUAGAGAGAUGACUCAGCAGUUAAGAGCACUGACUCUUCUUCCUGAAGUCCUGAGUUCAGUUCCCAGCAACCACAUGGUAGCUCACAACCACCUGUAAUGAGAUCCAAUGCCCUCUUCUGGUGUGUCUGAAGACAGCUACAGAGUGUACUCACAUACAUAAAAUAAAUAAAAAUGUUUAAAAAUUAAGAAUAUGUAGUCUAUUUUAACCAUAAGAAUAAGAAGCAUGACCACAGUUAGACACAGUGUUGCCAAGACCCUACUUAGAAAGCGUAAAGGAAUACACAAACCUUGGGUUGAGAAGGAUAGGUCAAUAGGCUCUAGGCAUUAUGAGAACAUCAGAAUGUCUGGACCCCAAGUAAUACAAAGACUACAUCAAUCAGAACAGGAUAUAAAGAGACCUUAGGAAUAGGAUACUAAACAGUAUAAGGAACACAGCAGAAUUCUUUGUUGUUCUGAGCUGUCUAGAGAGUUACAAACAUACCCAAUUAUGGUCAGAGGCAGACUUCAAGUUCCCCCUGAUCUAAUCUGCCAUUAGGAACAAACCUAGUCACAGGUUAGCUAAUAACUGGCAUUACCAGAACCCACAGCCUCUCAAUGUGUACCAUACAAAUCAGCCCCUGUGUGUAACCAACAAGCUCAGUCAGUCAGCAGGGUCUCAAGGGAGGGAGUGAAGAUUGAAAAGAAAAAGACAAUUAGACAACAUUAUAACAGGACUCAAGCCCCUGCUGAGCCUGAAGUGGGUUUAUUUUUCUCUAGUCUGUUUUUUCUAGUCUAUUCUAAGUACAUGCAAAGAAUAAGGUCAGUUCUAAGUCAAGGUACAAACAAGGCAAUAAACAAAGUCCUGUGGUAUUCAGGGACUUACAAAACGAUCAAGAUCUUGAUCUUAGCCCCAAGUCAAAUUCUUGCCUGAGCCUACUUCCGUGUCCUAGCCUAAUGUCAAAUUCCUGCCCAAUUCCUAGAAGCAGUCCCAAGAGCUCUCCACAUGUAUGGAUAUUUACAGUUAGCAUCCCUGGGACUGAGUGUAAUUUUAGUUUUCCUCAUACAUCUCUGAUCCUCCAUGUCCCUUUGUAGCUGGUCUUUGCAACUUUGUGGGUUCUCCUCUUCCUCCCAUCUUUAUCCAUGCCCCCUUUUUACCCCUUAACACUAGACUGGAAAGAAACAGGAAUAGAGGGGAGAGAGGAAUUAGGAAAUCCCUGAAUCUGAUUUCUUUUCUUUUGCUUCUCCUUUGACCUCAGCUACUACGAAACCACAACCAACCUCCUCCCUAUACAACCAACUGGUCCAGCCCAGCCCCUAGCCUAUCGGGCCCUAACAUUAAUAUACUCUCUGAAAAGUUCUCAGAAUUCCAAAUAUAACACAAUCACAAAAAACUAUCUGCUACAGACAGAACCACGAUUCUGCUAGAGCACAAAACAAAUCACGGUCAGCUGCUACAGGCAGUCUGAAGCAGCCCCACAUCCCUAUACCUGGAAUCAAACAAAAUAUUAUUUUAUAAUAUUUGUUUGUUCUUCCAAGAAACCAAAAUUCCAGGAUUCUCACUACAUCCCUUCCUCUGCUGGGGAAAACUAGAGAGGACAUUUAGUGUAGCCUACCAUAUUUUAAGUCCACCAGGUCUCCAUACUUCCCACCUAAACGUUAUAAGCCCACACCACCCUGCCCAGACCACACAACCCUGCCCACUCUACUAAUCUGGACGCAAACGCCUGUCCUCUCAUGGAAAUUUGAGUACUUUUAAUUCCGAUGCCUAAUGGCUUUCUGUUUCUACAGUUACUCCUUUCUUCCUCUCCCUUUAAGGGUACCGGUGAAACUUCAGUAAGAUUGCAUCCUUUUCUCCUUCCCCACAGUAAACUCCGUUAAAUGACUUUGUCUUCUCUUGCCUCCGACCCACAGACAGCCCCAAUCCGGAUUCCCUCCCCCUCUACACUAGUAGAGCCGUAGGUUCCAUCUGUCCCCUCGUCCCGCCUUCCUUGCUCUGCUACGCGGCGUGCCUCGCUCAGCCGACCUAACACCAGCACUUCCGGCCCACCCCCUUGCCCAUGCCUAGCUUCCGUUUUGUCCAAGUUCUUUUGCUCCUGUUAGUGGGUUCGAUUCUCUCCUAGCCUCGGUCUCUGUCCACAGAGGUACUGGUGCUCAGCGUCUUAGUAUCCUUCUUCAAAAGCUGCAUCCUAGUUCUUUAGCAGUCAAUAACACACUUUUCGGACUUCGGCUUCGCCCGCCAACAGGACAAACGCCGCCUAACUGCUGCCGCUCGACGUCCGCGGGGGCGUCUGGGAGUUGUAGUCCGGACUCGUGAGCUGGCGCAGUUCGGGACAAGACCGACGGGCGAGCGCCAUUGUGUCUUUCCGCAAUCGUAGCGCUGCGUGAAAGCCCGUCGGGGGCAGCACCCAUCUUCUGUUUUAUUUGCAACCUCUGGAACCCAGUGUCGGCUUCGUUUGUGGCGCCACUUCUACGGACCCGGGAGAAGGUUUCGUCAGCAUUCUGCCUACUCCUGGGAGAGAACAUGGAGGACAGUAUGGCUUCCACGCUUCCAACAACCUGGCCCCAUGAGUCUGUGAAGUUUGAAGAUGUAUCUCUGACGUUUACCGAGGAAGAGUGGGCACAGCUGGACUUCCAACAGAAGUGCCUGUACAGGGAGAUCAUGAUGGAGAACUACAGCAACAUGAUUUCAGUGGAAUGUUCUUGGCCUUCUCCAGACCCUGGAAUGAAUUCCUUUCCUUCUAAGAGUCCCCUGAUGAAGAUCGAGGUUGUUGAGGUCCUUACAUUGAACAAGGAUGUGGCUGGUCCUCGGAAUGCCCUGAUUCAAUCCCUCUAUCCAGAAGACUUGAACCCAGGUAACCUCAAGCCAGCUCAACAGCCAAGCAAGCGUUUGACUGACACUGAAGCUUCUCGCCAGAAGUUCCGACAUUUCCAGUAUGAAGAGUCAGCUGGUCCCCAGAAGGCUAUGUCCCAGCUUCGUAAGCUGUGUCACCAGUGGCUGCAGCCCAAUACACGUUCAAAGAAGCAGAUCCUAGAGUUGCUGGUGCUCGAGCAGUUCCUGAAUGCACUGCCUGAGAAGUUUCGGGUAUGGGUAGAGUCGCAGCACCCAGAAGAUUGCAAAGCAGUGGUGGCUUUGUUGGAGAAUAUGACCUCGGUGUCUAAGGACGAUGCUUCGCUUGCCUGCUCCAGUGAGGCCACUGAUCAACUAAAGGAGAAAAGGAAGGGUGUGGCCACCUUACCAGUUACUUUUGCAGCUGAGGUUCCAGCUGAGGAGCCGGUGACUUUCCAGGAUGUGGCUGUAGACUUCAAUGAGGAGGAGUGGCGGCUACUAGGUCCAACGCAGAAGACUGAGUAUCAUGAUGUGAUGCUAGAGACCUUGGGCAACUUGGUCUCUGUGGGGUGGGAGCCUACAUUGGGAAACAGAGAGUUAACUCCAGACUCUCCCAUUCCUGUGGUAAAACCAAUUCAUGACCCAAACACAAAAGAUCUCUCAAGGAAUGGUACCCAGUCUACUGUCUUUGAAAGUAUCUUAGAAGAUGGGGUCAAAGAAAUGCACACCAUAGAAUCAAAUCAAGUGGGGAAUCUACAGGAAAAAGGCCAUCCUCAGAAGAAGUUCUCUGAAAGCUCCAAGUCUCAAGACCAAACUAGUCGUCACAAAAGCCAGGGCUCACUCAAUGAAGUUCUUCCUAGAAAGUAUGUAAAAGUUAAGCAGAAGGGCACUGGAAAGAGGAAAGGCAGGACAAACACCAUUUCCAUGACACGAGGUUUACGCAUAAGAAAACAGCAGAAGGACUCUGUGGAGUGGCAAGGCAGGAGUGGCAGCACUCCUGUGACACAUGGCUCCUCCAUAAAAAACCAGCAACAGGGUUCUGAGCAGGGAAAACCUGGGACCAGUAGAGAUCCCAUUACACUUACUGUGCCUGCAAAAGUUUACCAGAAAGCCACUGGCUCUAAAGAGAGUAUACUUAUGGACAGUAGCGAUGCCAUGGUGUCUGAUGUACCUCCAAAGAUUCACCAGAAAGGCCCUGAAUGGCAUAAAGUUGGGGAAAGUAACAAUUCCAUGUUACAAGGUUCAUCUGUACAAAAUCACCAGAUGGAGUCUGGGGCAGGGAGAGCCAGUGACAACAGUCUCUUGACACAUGCCUUACCUGUAAAAAGUCAUCAGAAAGGCUAUAAAGAAGGAAACGUCCAAGGGAACAGGAAUUCCUGGAAACAUAUAAAACCUCACCAGAAGGGUUCUAAAGGGGAAAGAGUCGAGGAACUUAGCACUUCUGAAAAACAUGUCCCCUAUGUAAAAAAUCACCUAAAGACCUCGGAAAGAGGAAAAGACAGGGAAAUCAAUGCUUCCAUAAAAUGUGAUCCCUAUAUAAAAACUUACUAUAGAGGUUCUGAUGUGGGAAGGCUCAGGAGAGCCAACAAUUGUAGGAAAGCCUUCAGCCUGCAUGCUCAGCAGAUAUCCUUUAUAAAAAUUCACAAGGGGAGCCAAGUUUGCCGAUGUAGUGAAUGUGGUAAACUGUUCCGGAAUGCUAGGUAUUUCUCUGUCCAUAAGAAGAUCCACACAGGAGAGCGGCCAUAUAUGUGUAUGGCCUGUGGGAAAGCAUUUGUUCAGAGCUCCUCCCUCACACAGCAUCUUAGAAUUCAUAGUGGAGAGAGACCAUUUGAGUGUUCAGAGUGUGGGAGGACCUUCAACGACCGCUCAGCCAUCUCUCAGCACCUGAGAACUCAUACUGGAGCUAAGCCCUACCACUGUGAGCGCUGUGGGAAAGCUUUCCGUCAGAGUUCCCACCUUACCAGGCAUGAGAGAACUCAUACUGGUGAGAGACCAUAUGUGUGCAUCAAGUGUGGGAAGGCAUUCACACAGAGCUCACACCUUAUUGGGCAUCAGAAAACACAUGGGAUAAAAUUCAAGAAGCAGCCCAAAUUGUAGCCUUUGUGCCUUUCAAAGCACUAUUUUUUUUUCAGCCUUGAGAUGUACUAUGCAGACACUCAGUAUGACAGAUAGGCUUUGACUAAGGAGAGCCCCACACCUUAAGGACAGCUCAGGACACCACCUAGCAGGCAGUGAGUGAAACCAUCAGGGAGUUCUUAAUUGCUUCAUUUAUCCUCAAAAGGAAAUAAAAUAUCUGAAAAUGCAUCUAAGUUUAAGAAGUCAAGUACCAAAAAUUGCACUGAUAUUUCUAUACAGGAUAAAAUGUGUAAGUGAAAAAAAACUAAAAGUAUAUAGCUAAAUAAGCUAUUAUAUUUGUGUGGAACUUUUUUUUCUGCUGUGAUAGCUAUUUUUUGUUAUCAGUUUGACUACAACUGGAAUUAAACUGAUUUAAGCUGAAUAUACCUUUGAGGAAUUUUUUUCUUAAUCUGGAUUGCACCUUCUACUGGCAACCUAUAUAAAGGACAUGGAAGAAAGAAGCUUGCCCUCUUUGCCUGUUUGCUCUCACUAGCUAGUCUAUUCUUUCACUUGCAUUAGAGCUUACAUACGGGUUCUGGCAUCUAUCACCUGAGACAUCCUGCCUCGUGAACUGAACAACUACUGGAUUUUUGGGGAUUCUUAGACCUUCCACUAAUAAACAGCCAUUGUCGUACUA